GGCAAAGUUUACGAAAGGAAACAGCCGCUAAAAGUCGCGUCGCCACGAGAAAUGCGAUCCGCCUAUCCUUUGCGAGAAAACAUCUGGGAGUAUCUAAAUGAAGAUAAGAGCGCUGGGAACUUUAACUCCUGCUGUAAAAGAAGGAAUAGAAUACGGUGUAAACAAACGAACGGGAAUCCUGCUGAGAAUAAUAUGAUUUGGCUGGUUUUGAUGGUUCUCUUAGUAAUUUUUAUAAUAAUGACCUACUCAAGACUGUCUAGCUUUAUUGCGCAAUCCAAAUUUAUGACCAAAGUUGUUCCGAAAACAAGGUUAAUCUCUCUGUUCCAUUCAGAGACGUCAAUUGAAGAAGAGUGCUGCUUUGUGAUGAAGAGUCUCGCUGCAUCUCUGUUAAGAGCGGAACAGGCACUGAGAAAUACGCAGCGACUUCGUCGGCUUAUAAUAAUAAGGUCACAAACAUCUAAAGCUGAUACCGCUACCUCGCAGCACGAAAAAGAUAACAUCGAGGAUGCAACGGUUACUCUAGGCAGCCAUACGUUGCCGUGGACGUCGCGCGUCGCCCUGUGGGGGGUUCUGCCUCUGUGGCGGGCGAGCCCCCCCACCAGCACUGUGCUGGCCAAGCGAAGCGCCGUGCCAUCUGACUGCUGGCCGUUUAGUGGAUCGCGUGGAGAAAUUGUCUUUCAGCUGAAAGAACUCACAGAAGUAAAAAGCAUCGGCAUUGAGCACGUUCGGCCUGACACCGCGAAAAGUGCUCCGAAGAACUUCGUCCUUUUCGGUAUUUUAGAAAAUGGAACACGAAUUAAAUCCUUAGAAUCAGAAUACCUAAACCAGGGACCAGCCAAGCAAUUCUUCAAAGUCGCCAGUGUCACUCCCCUGCAGAAGAUGAUUUUAAGAAUAUUGACAAAUCAAGGCAACCCGAAAUACACCUGUGUUUAUAGGAUUCAUCUGUAUAGACACAUUAAAAAUUAA